CCUGUGCGGCAAACUAGAACAAAGUGGUUCUCCAGCAAAAAAAAAUAGUUCAAAAUCUGUGAUAUUUUUUCCGUUACAAAAGUGAACAAGCAAACUAAACCGAGAAGCAAAAUGAUGAAGCUGAUCGUAUCAAUCGCCGCACUGGUUGCCCUGGUGGCCGCAGCUCCCGCCGUCGAUGACGCCAGCGCCCAAGUUCUGACCCAGGAAAAUGUCGUAGAACCGGACGGCAAGUACGCGUGGAAAUUCUCCACCAGCAACGGCAUCCAACAGGAGGAAAGCGGCCAAGGAGGUGUGGCGGUGCAAGGAUCCGCUUCCUGGGUUGGCGAUGACGGUGUCCCAAUUGUGCUCACCUACACGGCCGACGAAAACGGAUACCACCCACAGGGUGUCCAUUUGCCGACGCCCCCUCCGAUUCCGGAAUAUAUUCUGCGCGCUUUGCGGUACAUCGAAGCUCGCAACGCCGAAAACGUUUAACUGGACAAGGGAGUUUAUUAGGCUCGAAUCCAUCGAAAGUGAUUCCAGUGCUAAUGAAUGGCAAGGUCGCAAGUCACAAACACAUUCUCACACAUUCACUCACACAAUGCCACUAACAGCAGUCAUCCGUACCGUAUUGUAAAUCAGCGAUAAUGUUUAGUUAAGCGAUAGAUCGUAAAACAAUAAAACUAUAAACAUAUUUGAGAAUCGA